AGUGUUAGAUGGUGACUCUACCUAGCUGGCACACAAUCCAGACAAGCAAGGCUAUAUUUUGACCAGUCACUAGCCGAAUGUCCAGCUGUUUGGGGUCCGGUUUCGUUUCCCAGCUGGGGCGAUGAUUCCCUUUUCAACGAAAUAAGAUUAUUUUUAUUUGUAGCGAUUUCGCAUUUAUACCGUGUGAUCGUGUGGACAAGCGGGUGGGACACAUACCCAUGUGUGGCAAGCUCAUAUGACACGAUUUCCCUUUGAGAUGGCAUCUGUAAUCACCUUUGGCAGCCUUCUUAUGAUUAUUGUUUCAGCUCCGCUCUGGUGCGAGGCCGCCGCGCCGGCCGUCGACGACGAGCUCACGAAGGCCCAGGUCAAGAGGAUGGAUGGCGUCGUCUUCGAGCACUACAGCAGGAAGAACCCGAAAAGGCACAGAGCUCUGAAUGUUCACCGCGAAACUUCGCUUGAACAUUUCGACGUCUCACUGCCGCUGAAAAUUCUAAUCCACGGCUGGCUUGGGACACCUUCUUACCUCGAGUUCGUCAAAGACACGUACCUGCGGGCGGAGGACUGCAACGUGGUGAUGGUGAACUGGUCCAAGAUGUCGCAGAACUUCAACUACAAGCGGUCGGCGGGCCACACGGAGAUGACGGGGCGGGCCACUGCGCGCCUCAUCGACAAGCUGGCGUCCCGGGGACAGGACCUGGGGAACGUGCACGUGGUGGGGCACAGCCUGGGCGGCCAGACCGCCGGCGUGGUGGGUGGCUUCGUCACAGCCGGCCAGGUUGCCAAGAUCACAGGUUUGGAUCCUGCUGGCCCAGCCUUUGCCGACAAAGACUUGAAAUACAAGCUGGACCCUUCUGAUGGCGUGCUAGUUGAAGCCAUUCACACCAACCACGGGUUCCUCGGCUCGAGCCAGCUCCUUGGCCAUUUCGACUUCUACCCGAAUGGUGGGAAGAAUCAGGCAGGUUGCACUGGCGACCAGAUGUCUGCAGGAGGAUGCAACCACAUGAGAGCAGUAGAAUAUUUUAACGAAUCCAUCACCACACCAUUUGUGGGCACGAAAUGCGACAACUACAAGAGCUACAAGUCAGGGAAGUGUAAAAACAACCCUACAGCUAUUAUGGGUGAAAAAAUGGUCAUGAGUGAACCUGGAAAAUAUUACUUCAUUACGAAUCAAGAGUUUCCAUUCGCGAUUGUUUGAAACUACAUCUUGAGAACAGCAAGACUUUCUGAAGUGAAUAAAAUAAGUUGUAUAGUUCACUGCAUAUCAACAUGUAUUUUCUAAAUGUACUUCAUAUAUCUUAAUAUUGUGUUCUUUAUUGUUAUUGGUUAAGAUAUUAAUGUUACUUAACCAAACAGAGAUUUGAUGGGUGUCAUAUAAAAUUACAUACAAAUAUAGCAUUUCAAAAUUC